GUCACCAGAGAACGCAAAAGCAAUGAUGGCGGCUUUCAGUGUGGCUCGUAGCAGCUGCGGACUGAUAAACGGGUUGAGGACAUCUUUCAGGAGUGUGACGCCCGUCAAACAUGGCGCAGUCUCUGCCGCAAUGCUGCCAAAUAACCUGCAACGGGACUGUCGCUUAUACUCUGUCCACCAGCUGUCCGUUAAGGAGAGGAUUGACGUGAAACGGAAAGCGGCGCUGGUCGGGGGAGGUCAACAGAGAAUAGAUGCACAACACAAAAGGGGUAAGCUGACAGCCAGGGAGCGAGUGGCGCUUCUGCUGGAUCCCGAGUCUUUUGUGGAGUCCGACAUGUUCGUGGAGCAUCGCUGCGCUGACUUCGGCAUGGAGCAGGAUAGGAACAAGUUCCCAGGUGACAGUGUCGUGACAGGCCAGGGCAGGAUCAAUGGCAGGCUGGUUUAUGUAUUCAGUCAGGACUUCACAGUGUUUGGUGGCAGUUUGUCAGGAGCUCAUGCACAGAAGAUCUGUAAGAUUAUGGACCAGGCCAUGAUGGUCGGAGCCCCGGUCAUCGGCUUGAACGACUCUGGAGGAGCUCGGAUCCAGGAAGGGGUGGACUCUCUGGCUGGAUAUGCAGAUAUAUUCCUGAGGAAUGUGUUGGCUUCAGGAGUCGUACCUCAGAUAUCUCUCAUCAUGGGUCCCUGUGCAGGAGGAGCCGUCUACUCACCCGCCCUGACAGAUUUCACCUUCAUGGUUAAGGACACAUCCUACCUGUUCAUCACAGGACCUGAUGUCGUGAAGUCUGUCACCAACGAAGACGUGACUCAAGAAGAGCUCGGUGGAGCCAAAACCCACACCACCGUGUCUGGAGUGGCUCAUCGGGCUUUUGAGGAUGACGUUGAAGCUUUGCUCAACAUGCGAGAGUUCUUCAACUUCCUGCCGCUGAGCAAUAAGGAUCCCGCCCCCAUCAGGGAGUGCCACGACAGCAGCGAUCGUAUGGUUCAUUCAUUGGACACCAUCGUCCCGUUUGAGACAACUAAAGCCUAUGACAUGUUGGACAUCAUUCAAGCAAUAGUGGAUGAGAGCGACUUCUUUGAGAUCAUGCCCAACUACGCCAAAAACAUUGUGGUUGGAUUUGCCCGCAUGGACGGACGCACUGUAGGCAUUGUGGGUAAUCAGCCCAAAGUAGGCUUCUGGUUGUUUGGACAUCAGCUCCUCAGUGAAGGGAGCACGCUUUGUACGCUUCUGCGACGCUUUCAAUAUUCCCAUCAUCACCUUUGUGGACGUGCCAGGCUUCCUGCCAGGUACCGCUCAGGAGUACGGAGGUAUCAUCAGACACGGAGCCAAACUGCUGUUUGCCUUUGCAGAGGCCACCGUCCCGAAAAUAACCAUCAUCACCAGAAAGGCUUACGGAGGAGCCUACGACGUGAUGAGCUCCAAACACUUGAGAGGAGAUAUGAACUACGCCUGGCCCACAGCUGAGGUUGCCGUCAUGGGUGCCAAGGGUGCUGUUCAGAUUAUAUUCAGAGGAAAGGAGAACCAGGCGGAGGCAGAGGCUGAAUACGUGGAGAAGUUCGCUAACCCCUUCCCAGCUGCUGUCAGGGGCUUUGUGGACGACAUCAUCGAGCCAGCGACCACACGCAAGA